UGGCCAGUAGUUCCUCCUGAGGAAGAUGGUGGACUUCGUGACAGCAGCGUGCUCUGAACUCCGUCCCAAACACAGUGAAAACUGCGCUUUGUCUCAGCCCGGCAUUAGAUACAGAUUACCCGGGGACAAUCACAGAUAAUACACACAGAGAACCGCGGAGCAGAGUGACUUUUUUCGCCUAAAAGGGCAACUCUUGAUUUCCCGGUGCGAGGAGGGCGGAGAGUUGCGGAGCGUGGUGGCGGUAGGUGAAGGACGCUAGUCGUCGUGAGCCAAAGUGUCAACACAAGUGUGUAGGAAGAGGCCGGUUUCUCGAGCUUCUGUAGCCCGGCGGUGGAGGAGAUUUACGGACACUAUUCAGCUCCUUGCUGCUUUCUACAAACCACCUGUGAGCAGCGCAGCUAGCUCACUUCAGCUAGCUAACCCCAGCUAGCUCUGUUGUGAAGUGGUGGAUCAAAGCGUCGCCGCUGGAAAUGCCGCGGAGUAAAAAGGGGAAACGUGGCUCCGGUAAACCGGGCUCUCUCCGUCAGGAGCUUCUUCAGCUGCAGCUGUCGACUAAGUCGUCUGUGAAAGGUGUUAAAAAUGGGGUGAAGGGGGAGUCGGGUGCCAGUGACGAUGAGCUGACGUCUGAUAUUCUCAGCCCUUGCAGCAGUGCCAGCGAAACCACUUCUGUGGUGGAAGAGGGCACAGGGGCAGAGCCGGUUGAUGAGCAGACCGCCCAGGAGGAGACAGAAGACAAACUCAAACAAUGUAUAGACAACCUGAUGGAUAAAAGUGCUAAGACUCGGCUUGCCGCCCUUGAGUCGUUGCGACAGGCAUUCAUUUCCAGAGUACUGUACGACUUCCUGACAGGGAGACGCCUCACUGUUGGCGACUGCCUGGAAAGAAGCCUUAAAAAAGGCAGUGGAGAGGAGCAGGCGGCGGCUGCUACACUGUCUGCCCAGCUCUGUAUCCAGCUCGGGGGUGGAGACGAGGCAGAGGAGGGCUUCAAGAUGCUUCGCCCCAUCCUCACUGCCAUCCUGAUUGACAACAGUGCCAGUAUAACAGCCCGCCAGAGUUGUGCCAGAGCUCUGGGGAUGUGCUGCUAUGUGUCUGCUGCUGAAGACGGAGAGGACUUGGUCAAGUCACUGGCCCUCCUGGAGAGCAUAUUCAUGUCUUCCUACCCCAACAGAGAAGGGAUGCUGCCCAUUCCUAAACCUGGGAGUGCGGGUCUUCACGGUGCUGCUCUGCAGGCCUGGUCACUGCUGGUCACCCUGUGUCCUGCAUCUAGACUGACUGUGCUGCUCGACCUUCACCUCCCAAAACUGCAGGCGUGUCUGCAGAGCAAUGACGUCAACUACAGGAUCAGAGUGGGAGAGACCAUCGCCCUUCUGGUGGAGCUGGGCCGAGAAAUAGAUGAGGAAUUUGAGGUGAAGGACAGUGAAAGUCUGUGUGAAUCUCUGAAGAGUUUAGCAACAGACGGCAACAAACACCGAGCCAAGAACGACAGGAGAAAACAACGCUCCAUCUUCAGAGAGGUUCUACAUUAUAUAGAGAGCGAGGACUUCACAGAGGAGAAGAUCAGGUUUGGAGUGGAGAGCAUUUACAUCGACGGCUGGAUGAGGAGACAUAUAUAUGAUGCCUUCAAAGAGAUCCUGGAGUCUGGAGUCAGACACCACCUACAGUUCAACCCACUACUUAGAGACAUCUUUGGCCUUGGCGCCCCCCUCAUCCUGGACCCUGCUGUAAAAGCUAACAAGAUCACAAGAUUUGAGAAGCAUCUUUUUAACUCGGCUGCCUUCAAGGCCAGGACAAAACAGAGGAGCAAAGUCAGGGACAAGCGGGCUGACGUCAUGUGAGAGACGGACAAGGACGGAGCGAAGGGACGAGUAAGCAAGGAAUUUCCGGGCUGUACUGAGACGGAUACAAAAUGAUGCCUUUGACGUUUCAGCCGUCAGACACACAGCAAUCCCUGGACAGGGCUUUUCACCUGACAUGUGCUUUUCACCUGCAACCUAACUCUACUGAUUCAAGAUGGCCACCAUUUGAUGUUCUUAUGACGCCGAGCGGUUUUACAGUUUACAGUAUUUUCUAAAUAACAGUCCUGAUUUUAAAUCAAUAACUAAAAUCAUUUCAAGCAGGAUAAAAACAUCUCGACUUCACAGAAGAUUAAAUGUGCUGUGAACACAUUAACUGGGAUCCUCAGAAAUAUCUUCUAACAAUGGAGACAGGGAAGGUGACGUUUUUUUGUCUCCCUGUGAGAGUCAGACAUUUUGAAGCUUUAUGGUACAUUUCAGAUCUUUGGAACAGUCACUCAAAAGCCUCCUUGGUGCUGAUGAGUAUUGUUUUUGAUGCUCAGCUCUUGCUGCAGCCCUGGGGUUUGGCUUGUCAGUCAAAUCUUUUUAAAUCCUCAUUUCUGCUGCCUUUCUUGGAAGUAACGAGUCCUGGUUGAAUUUUGGCGUUUGAACUUCUGUAGUUAAUUAAAAAACAAAAAGAGCCAUGGAAAUAUUAUUCUGACAAAAAUAUUUAUUUCCGAUGGGCUAAAUUAUUCCUCCCUUGACACCUACAUUCAUCCUCUCUCCUCUUUUACACUCAGUCACUACUUCAGCUGCCAAACUAGAAAAGUGUGUGGUUUGAGUUUUAUUUUAAUUUAAGUUCAUUGGGUAAAAAAAACGGAAGUGAUGCCUAAUCAAAAGAGUGAAUCAAAGGGCUCAUCUUUUUAAUUCAUUUUGAGAGGAAGAAUACAUUUUAACCAUUUUUGGUGCAUAAUGGUAUUAUACUUUCUAAUUUAUUAAAUGAACUUUGUGAUUUUUAAGAACUGUUUACAGACAUAAUUAUGGGAAGAAUAUUCUAUUUUUGUUUUCAUUGUAUCAUAAUGCAAGUUUGGAGGGUCAUACAUCUAUCCAUGUGUAUGUAUUGCACAUAUACUGUACAUAGGGGCUCAUGAGGAGAUGUCUACUUGACUCAUUGGAUGCAUUUUAAUGAUUUUCCCUCUUGAUGGGCAGUGAACACAUUUACACACAGGCCACUAUAACCAGAGCUGCUUAUCAGAAGAGUUUUGUGGAGUUGCUUUUUUUAGCAGUGGGCAGGUUAGCAUCCACAAAUCAUCCAUUAUAAUGUUUAAAUUGAAAUGACAAAACUAACAGCUGCCUGGAUGUUUCUGUACCGUGUUGAAUAUUUCAUCUGUUUGACUCUUGUACUAAAGGGUCUCCAAACGGUCUCAUCAUUCUGGUGUUGAGGCUCAAGGGAUCAUGGAUCGAUAGAAAAUAAAAGACUAUAUGAACACUU